UGUCUCUAACGGUAGCCGCGUGUGUGCGGCUCUCGCGCCCUGUGACCCAUCGUGUGGCCGCUGCCUGGCACCAGCUGUACGCCUAGCCGCUACCCUGUACUAGUACUCGGUAGGAGAUGCUUGUCGCUCUUUGCAGAAGAGUUCGGUUGGUAGGUGAAGCGAAGCCUGUAUACUAGCAGGGGCAGGAGCAAACAUUGGGCUUGCUCAUCAAGCAUUAUCAGUGUGAAUCACGGAUCGGAUAUCUACGUAGCUAUGUACCAUCUUCUUCUCAGCCACGCAUCCGUAGAGCUGCUUCAAGCUCCCAGGAUCGGCGAUUCAUGUGUGCUGUAGUGUGGCGCCUAAAUCGUGAUAGGAUUUGCGUUCCAGUCUGCAUGUGAUGCAAGAGCUUUUUUUUUUCUUUCUGUUGGAGGACAUUGCAAUGCAAGAGCUGGAACUGGUGUGAUACAACCAUAAACAAAGGAUAAUGUGGCAGCUAGACUGAGCGGUGGCCAUCCACUCGCUCAAUUACUCAACUAGACUGACCACCAUCGCCUUCAAAGUUCAAACGGCUUUCUUUUCUUUCCUCCUUUUUUUUCCUCCCCUGAAAACCGGACAUGCUAACAACCGGAGGGAAUAAGGAUUUGGUAUCAUUAGAGUAGACACCACUUGAAAGGGAUCGUUAUUCUGUUGAUUAAAGUUUCAAUUUUUGUGUGGUAGGUGGACUGCCGAAAGCAACAACUCCACCAAGAGUUGUACUCACUCUUUUUAUGCCCAACUAGUACUGGAGUACGUUUUUAUACGCCCAUUUUGAAUCUGAACUCCGGCUAGCAGCAGUACUGAAAACUGGUUAUGCAGAGAUCCCAUCUAUGGGACGCGGUGGGCGUGCUGGACGACGACCCCGUGGGGAAGCUGAAGGUGUUCGUGUACGAGAUGCCGCGCAAGUACAACAGGAUGCUGCUGGACAAGGACAGCCGGUGCCUGCACCACAUGUUCGCGGCGGAGAUCUUCAUGCACCAGUUCCUGCUGUCGAGCGCGGUGCGGACGCUGGACCCGGAGGAGGCCGACUGGUUCUACACGCCCGCGUACACCACCUGCGACCUCACGCCGCAGGGCUUCCCGCUGCCGUUCCGGGCGCCGCGGAUCAUGCGCAGCGCCAUCCGCUACGUGGCCACCACGUGGCCCUUCUGGAACCGCACCGACGGCGCCGACCACUUCUUCCUCACGCCGCACGACUUCGGCGCCUGCUUCCACUACCAGGAGGAGCGCGCCAUGGAGCGGGGCAUCCUGCCGCUGCUCCGCCGCGCCACGCUGGUGCAGACGUUCGGCCAGCGCAACCACGUGUGCCUGCAGGACGGCUCCAUCACCGUCCCGCCCUACGCCGACCCGGGCAAGAUGCAGGCGCACCUCAUCAGCCCCGGCACGCCGCGCUCCAUCUUCGUCUACUUCAGGGGCCUCUUCUACGACAUGGGCAACGACCCCGAGGGCGGCUACUACGCCAGGGGCGCUCGCGCGUCGGUGUGGGAGAACUUCAAGGACAACCCGCUGUUCGACAUCUCGACGGAGCACCCGUCGACGUACUACGAGGACAUGCAGCGCGCCAUCUUCUGCCUGUGCCCGCUGGGGUGGGCGCCCUGGAGCCCCCGGCUGGUGGAGGCGGUGGUGUUCGGGUGCAUCCCCGUCAUCAUCGCCGACGACAUCGUGCUGCCGUUCGCGGACGCCAUCCCCUGGGAGGACAUCAGCGUGUUCGUGGCGGAGCGGGACGUGCCGCGCCUCGACUCCAUCCUCACCUCCAUCCCGCUGCCCGACAUCCUGCGGAGGCAGCGCCUGCUGGCGCGGGACUCCGUCAAGCAGGCGCUGCUGUUCCACCAGCCCGCCAGGCCCGGGGACGCCUUCCACCAGGUGCUCAACGGGCUGGCGCGGAAGCUGCCGCACGGCGAGGGCGUGUUCCUGCAGCCCGGGGAGAAGGCGCUCGACUGGGACGCCGGACUCCAGAGCGACCUCAAGCCCUGGUAGUGGACUGGACUCGUUGUACAUCUCUUCGUGUUCCUUUGUACUCUUUCAUUUGACAUGACAUCGAUGGAUGGAUGGAUCACGCAUUAGUUUUUGUACCACGGCCCGUUUACAUGCAGCAGCAAUAUACUAAUAUAUAGUGUAUUUUCCCUGCUCUC